GCAGCGUGCUUUUGUUCUUCCAUCUCCAUCGCAAUUUCCUGGAAGCAAGCGUAUCCCCAUCUCAAAUCAUCGGUGUGGUUAUCUCGUAAGAUUAUUCAAUGCUUCGAGGUUAGGGAUAUCUGAAACCGCCCCAGAUCAAUAUUUUGAAUGGAGUUAAAUAUUUCUCUCCGUGAAAAUAGAUGCUUUUUUGCAGUUCUUUCUCCAUGGCAAAGGGGUAGGUUGCCGCUAAAGGAGCGCCUAUCAUUGAAUUCCCCAGAGAGUAUUUCAAUGGCAUAGAUCAAGCCUAUGUUCGGAUGGUUAGCCACUUCAGUAAUCUGGUUCCCGCAAGUUUACUAUGCACGCACUGCGUUAUACAGAAAAGUAAAGUGCUGUUUCAGGAAACCUUCGGGAGCUCUGACAAAAUUGAGGCCUUGGAGCUAGUUGCCUCAGAACAACUAAAGCUGUCUACACAACAUCAGAUUAUGUGUAAGGAGACGUCAAAGGGAUCUGUUUAUCAGCCUCAGGUCAUCUUCUCCAUGUUACCGGCGUUUCGUUGGAAUUAGAUCACAUGCUAUGAGACCUGGACCUGCUGCGGAACUGGCGGCGAGGAUCGGUCAGGAGCUGUUGUCGAUAUCCGGCGGCUCGAGAUCAGUUAGGACAUGGAAUUCGUCGUUCGAGCAGACCCUUCACCGCCUCCGCCUCCGCGACUCGCUGUGUCCUUCGCUCGUUGCCUUAGUCAUCGACCCGUUCCUCCUAAACCACCAUUCGCUCGCUCUCGGAUUCUUCAACUGGGCUGCCCAGCAACCAGGCUAUUCUCACGACUCUGUCUCUUACCGCUCUAUCCUUAAGUCUCUCUUUUCUUCACGCCAGUUCUCCGCCAUGGAUGUCCUCUUGAAACAGGUGAAAUCGCAGAAAAUUGUCCUCGAGCCUGCUGUGUAUCAGUCGCUCAUAGACUCGCUCGUUUUGGGAGGGAAACCUCAGAGCGCGUUCUGGGUUCUCGAUGAAGUCUUGUCGAUGGGUCGGGAGAUGCCUCCAGAUGUAUGCAAUCGUCUUCUGGCUGCUUUGGCCUCUGAUGGGUGUUCUGAUUACGCACAGCAUAUGUUCGAUGAAAUGUGCCGAAGAGGUAUUGCUCUGAACACUCUGGGAUUCGGCGUAUAUGUAGGGAGAUUCAGUAGGAAUGCCGAAACGGGUCGGCUCUUGAGACUUGUAGAAGAAGUGAAGAAGCUCAAUUCGGAUAUCAAUGGCUCCAUUAUUGCACUGUUGAUUGUUCAUGGUCUUUGCAAGGCUUCUCGAGAAAUGGACGCUUUCUACAUAUUGGAUGAACUAAGAAACAUAGGUUGCAAACCGGAUUUUAUGGCCUAUAGGAUCAUAGCUGAAGCCUUUGUGUUAACUGGGAAUCUGUACGAGAGACAAGUCGUUCUAAAGAAGAAGAGAAAACUCGGAGUAGCACCCAGGAGCAGUGAUUAUGGAGAGUACAUCUUGGAUUUGAUUUCAACUAAUCAGUUAACUGAGGCUAAGGAGUUAGCUGAGGUGAUCGUAAGUGGGAAUUUCCCAAUUGGUGAUGAUGUUUUGGAGGCAACGAUCAGAUCGGUAUCUUCAGUUGAUCCAGAUUCUGCUGUUGGAUACCUCAGUUUCAUGGUAAGCAAUGGCAAAUCGCCCACACCUUUGACUCUGAGCAAACUAUGUAAGAAUCUGUGCAAGCACAACAAGAGCAACCACCUGUUGGAAGUCUAUGAACUGUUGGCGAGCAAGGGUUAUUUCUCAGAUAUUGGGAGUUACAGAAUGAUGGUUAAGUUCUUGUGCAGGGGUGGGAGAGUGAGAGAAGCUUACAAUGCUCUCGACGAAAUGAAGAAGAAAGGGUUUGAUCCAGAUGUUUCUAUGUACAACGCUCUCAUCGAAGCCUGUUGCAGGGGGGAUUUGAUACGUCCGGCUAAGAAAUUGUGGGAUGAAAUGUUUGUAAAUGGGUGUAGGAUGAAUCUAAUGACCUAUAAAGUUCUCAUUGUUAAAUUGUCAGAGGAAGGAGAGGCUGAUGAAGCGUUGAGGCUGUUUAAAAGAAUGCUUGAUAAAGGGAUUGAAGCAGAUGAAGAGAUUUAUACCUCCCUCGUCACGGGCCUUUGUCAAGAGUCGAAAAUUGAUGAUGCACUGCAAGUGUAUAGGAAAUCUGUGGAACAUGACACGAGGGUUUCGGGAAGGGUACUAAGCGCGUUCGUUUGGAGUCUAUGCAGAGAUGGCUGUCAUAGGGAAGCGUCGGAGCUGCUGCGUGAGAUGUGGUCAAGUGAAGAAGAGCAGAAGGGUGCUAAUGUGGUGCUGCUGAAAUGCAUGGCCGAAGCAAAAGAGGUCGAUAUUGGAAUCCAACACAUCAAAUGGAUCAAACAAGUGCUGUCCCCGUCUCUGCUUCACCCCUUCUCUUCUGACCUAUCAGCUUCUCUUUGUUCGUCUUCGGACCCUGAUUCGGUUUUGCCCUUUCUUCGGGAGCUAGAGGAGACAUCCAACAUUCCAUAGCAUGCGACCUGACACUCGGUACUCUCCUAUUGGUUCACAGAGUAACUCAGUCACCCGUUCUUUGAGAUUAGAGACCCUUCAGAUCAAAGGGAUGCUUCAUCAAUCAAUGACUCGGACUUCUUCUCCUCUUAGAGCCAGACAACCCAGGCUGUUUCUAAUAUAUAUGGACACGCGCACAUUGGAAUUUUAUGUCUCUGUUGUUUUUGUAACUGUAAGAAUAAUAAUAACCAUUCAGGUGCCAAAAGACACGCGAAGGUUGUCGGAAAAACAUUCACACGUAUAUUGAAUAAUGAGUGGGUUAUACUGGCGACAGUUGGUUACAGUUAA